AUGGGAUCAAGAAAAACAAAUGCAAGAGGAAGACAGUUACAAGAGGUAAUAAAUGAAGGUUAUUUUAACUGUAUUGAGGAUGUUAGUACCACAUUUGAAAAGAAUGAUUAUGAAGUAAAGAUUGACUGGAUAUUAGCCAGUCAACCUCUUCAUUCAUUAAUAUCAAACGUCGAAACCCACCCAACAAUCGGUACAUUAAGUGGUCACAAACCAUUAACCUUUGUUAUACCAAUUGGAUCUGAACCCAAACCUGCAUCUCCAAGAUUAUCCCUUAACUUCAAAGCAGCAAAUUGGCCAAAAUUUAGAAAUAAAUUAAAUGAACAACUAAUGUUAUUAAAAUGUUAA